CCCAAUAAGCCCAUGACUGGGCUCAACUUGGUCUGGCCCAGUGGACUGGAUUGGAUCAGUCAGCUUGCCCAGUUUUGCUCUGGGAAACCACUAUAGCAGAAGUUCUGCUUCUGGAGUGGAAAUUGAAAGACAGUUGAAAGUAGCGGUAAACGGUAAUGGAUUUGAAGUACAUCGUGGAAGCUUUGCGCUGCUGUCGGAGGCUUCACGCUCUCCAGCGCGGGAAGUCAUUUCACUCCCAUCUGAUCAAAACUGGGUUUUCUCCAGGGGAUGUUUACAUGAUGAAUAACCUGAUCACGUUGUACUCUGAUUUCACCCAGCUGAACGAUGCCAGGAAGCUGUUCGAUGAAAUGCCCGUGAGAAACAUUGUUACUUGGACAUCAGUGGUCUAUGCUUGCACUAGGAGUGGGAAGCCUCAUGAUGCCAUCGAACUGUUCAACAAGAUGUCGGACGCUCAAUCCGUGAUGCCUACUGGGUUCAUGUACUCCGCUGUGCUGAAGGCGUGUGGGCUGGUGGGUGAUGUUCAACUGGGUAGGCAGAUACACGAGAGGAUUCGUCAAGAGAACCUGGAAGAGGACGUCGUUCUGAUGAAUACCCUUUUGCACAUGUACGUCAAAUGUGGUAGAUUGAGUGAUGCAAGGAGAGUUUUUGAUGGGAUGCUUUCUGUUGCCAAUACCACUUCUUGGAAUACGCUCAUUUCAGGGUACUGUGGGCAGGGCUUGAUGAAGGAAGCGGUGGAUUUGUUUCAGCAGAUGCCUGAUCCAAACGUUGCUUCGUGGAACACUGUCAUUGCUGGUUUGGCUGACAAUGGGAGUAUAAGUACACUAGAGUUCGUGGGUAAGAUGCAUAAGGAAGGCCUUAAGCUGGACGAGUUCACCUUCCCUUGUGCUCUUAAAACAUGUGGGGGUUACGUUGGUUUUCUUGCUAUGGGAAAGCAAAUCCACUGUUAUGCUUUAAAGUCGGGUUUUGAGGCUUGUUGCUAUACUCUCUCUGCGCUGGUGGAUAUGUACUCAAAUUCCAAUGCUUUAGAUGAAGCAGUUAGAUUGUUUGAAAGUUAUUGCACCAGAAACGGGUCAAAUUGUUUGAGUCUGUCGUUCUGGAAUGCCAUGAUUUCUGGGUAUGUGGAGAAUGAUAAACAUAUCCAAGCCCUGAAUUUGCUUUCUAGCAUCCAUCAUUCUGGUGUUCUUUUUGACUCCUAUACUUGGAGUAGUGCAUUGAAGGUCUGCAUCAACUUGUUUCACUUUAGGCUUGGAGUUCAAGUUCACGGUCUUAUUGUCAUCAGUGGGUACGAGUUAGAUUGUGUUGUGGGCAGCAUUCUUACUGACCUAUAUGCAAAAUUCGGGAAAAUGAAGGACUCCUUUGCAGUCUUUGACAGGCUUACCGAGAAAGACUCCAUAGCUUGGUCUGGAUUAAUCAUAGGAUGCACCAAAGCAGGGGUGAGCUCAGAAACGUUUUCCCUGUUCAGAGAUAUGGUCAGUUUAGGCCUUGAAGUAGAUCAAUAUGUUGUUUCUGCCAUGCUGAAAGUUUGUUCAAGUGUAUCAUCUCUUGGAAAGGGAAAACAAAUUCAUGCUUUCUGUAUCAAGGCAGGAUAUGAAACCGAAUCAGUAGCAGCCACAGCUCUUGUUGAUAUGUACUCAAAAUGUGGUGAAAUUGAAGCCAGUAUAGCUCUCUUCAAUGGUCUAUCUGAUAGGGAUGUCGUGUGUUGGACGGGGAUCAUUGUCGGGUGUGGACAGAAUGGUAAAGCCAAUGAAGCUCUUGAGAUAUUCCAAGAGAUGAUAAAGUCGGGAGUGCACCCAAAUGAAGUCACCUUCUUAGGGCUUCUUGCCGCAUGUAGACAUGCAGGUCUGGUUGAAGAUGGGUGGAGGUUAUUUCAGUCCAUGAGAUCUGAUCAUGGACUUGAACCUCAAGUAGAACAUUAUUACUGCAUGGUGGAAUUACUUGGUCAAGCUGGGCUGUUAAAGGAGGCAAGGAAGUUGAUUAGUGAGAUGCCACUUAGGCCUAACAAAACGAUAUGGAGCUCCUUGCUCGCAGCUUGCGUUACUCAUAAGAACAGUGAGAUGAUUAGUGGUAUAGCUGAAAACCUCCGUGUUGCCUUUCCUGAUGAUCCGUCUGUGUAUGUAAUGGUCUCAAAUGCUUAUGCAACGAUGGAAAUGUGGGAUGACCUCAACAGAGUGAGGGAAACUGCAAAAGCUUCUGGUGUAAAAGAAGCCGGGAGGAGUUGGAUUGAGAUGGCUGGUUAGGUAAGCCCUCGACUCCCAGACCCAAACCGACGCUAGAUUUUGAGUGCUACCUCUUGCUACUCAGGCAACUUUUUCUACUCAAAAUGCGUUCGUGUCCAUGAAGAAUGAACCACAGCUAUGCUAUUGAGAUCUGCUGCAUACAAGAUUGUACCAGAAAUUGGAUUGGCUAACCAUUGAAUAAUGAUCACUCCCUUGCAGAUUUUCAUCUACUUCAGAACGAAGGUGAGGUUUCCAUGCAUGGGUUAGUAAACAACAGGGACUUGAAUCUAUUGCUGUGGACCUCUGGUGCUUUGGCUGAGAGACUAGUUAACUCAUCUGUAUAUUGGUUGUAUAGAAAAUCUGAGUAGGCUUCUAACGUUGCAGCUGCGAUGGAGUUAAUAACACAUUUACUAAAGGAGACUUCCGCUGCCAAGGCAUCUAAUCCAUGAUCAAGCGACGCUGCCUAAUAAGUACAAUUUGGAGAGUAUCCUUGAAUGCUUUGAUAUAUUGAUUAAUGUAUCUUCAUUUAUGCACUUAUGAUUAUCAACUUGUGAAAUUUGCCUUAACCAGAGUCUUAAGGUACGAGCUACAGAUUCUAUUCGCUUGAAGGUACUGCAAUCAGACAUUGGAGCUAUAUAUCAUCAAGCAGGUCUUGAAACGAAUACUGGUACUUGUUUAUAGAACACAUUAUCAUCUAGAAUGAAGUUUUUUUGGUGACUGGAGCCUUAGAUAUUUACAUGGGGGUGGAAGAUCUUAAAAAACAACCAUGUAUAGGCGGGAGCAUGAAGCUCUAAGCUCUAUGGCCACCAUUGCUUCCUCCCUGUCAUCAUCAUCGUCCAUGUUGAAAUUCAAUAUAUUGUAGAUAGAUUGGACGAUCGACUUAAAAGGAAUCAAGGAAGAAUGAGGAGUUGAAGGUAGUGGAGCUGGAGGAAGUGCGUGGUCAGGAUUCGAGCUUAAUGCGGUCUCAUUUUUUUUUUUUUUUACAAACAAGUAUAAUAACAUUUUAUUUAAUUA